AUGAAAUCCUCUAUAGCCCUUACGGAAAGGGAGAGAGAAGCCGUUGAUUCCAUAACGUUCGUGCAUAAUCACGAUUAUCUCAGAUCUUUUGCAAGAAAAAAGUCAUGUUACGUUUGCCUCUUCUUGCGCCAUCUUUCGUUUCAGAUAGAUUCUCCACAUUUCUUUCGGCGAGAAGUGGUACGUUUGAAUCGCCGAACGUGUGAGGGCUUCAAACGGCACAAUUUCAAUAUUCGCACUGUGAUAUUCAAUGAUUGCAUGCGUCUCAUCGAUUAUCCAAUCUGA